AUGAAGGAGACAGACAUAGCGGCGUUCGCAGCCAGUCAGCUGUCGCUGCUCGACAACGAGCGCGAUGCUGAAGUCGCCGAGACGCAGCUCUUGACUUCGACUCACGCGCCGACAACACUGCAGCGCGCUGGUCUUGCUCUGCUGAAUCUGGCGGUAUCAUCGCAGAGAACGGGUUUCGGCGGCAAGACGCUUUUGGAGCUCAGUCUAGAUCCUGCCAUAUCAAGUUCGCCCGAAUUGCCUGAACAUGGUCUUCGCGUUGGCGACAUCUGUGCGGUGGCCGAGCAGCCAAAAGGCGCCGAGAAGAAGAAAGAGAGGGAGAAUUUGGAAAAGAAGGGCGUUGAGGGCGUCGUUACGAAAACGCACACAACGACUAUCACUGUAGCAUUGGACAAGGAAGAUGCAGAUUUGCCUACAGGCAAGCUUUGGCUAGUCAAAUUGGCCAACGAUGUCACGUAUAAGCGUCUCAAUCAGACUAUGUCAAGGCUCCAGAAAAUGCAGCCUUCAGAGCAUAGCACGCUAACGCAGGUCCUGUUUGGGCGAUCAUCACCUACUGCAGUUUCUGAUUCUGACCUCAAGGCUGAGAUCCAAUGGAGCGAUCCAACUUUGAACGACAGUCAGAAAGAAGCCAUACAAUUUGCGCUCGCCUCGCAAGAGGUUGUACUGAUACAUGGUCCUCCCGGAACUGGAAAGACUCACACUUUGAUCGAGCUCAUUCUGCAACUCUUGAAGCAAAAGCUCCGGCUGCUGGUGUGCGGCCCAAGUAAUAUCAGUGUUGACAACAUUAUUGAGCGUCUGGCACCUCACAAAGUCAGCAUGGUUCGUCUUGGCCACCCUGCUCGUCUCUUGCCUAGCGUCAUCAAUCACAGCAUGGAGGUCCUUACAAACACUAGUGACGCUGCUGCUAUUGUAACAGAUAUCAGAUCGGAAAUGGACAGCAAGCAAGCUUCAAUCCGUAAGACACGGAAUGGCAGGGAAAGGAAAGCUAUUUAUGGAGAGCUCAAAGACCUUCGAAAAGAGUAUCGCGAGCGAGAAGGCCGAGUAGUGAGAGAACUACUCCAGCAAAGCCAAGUUGUACUCUCAACUCUUCACGGAUCCGGAGGUUUCCAGCUGAAAGAUCAAGAAUUCGAUGUCGUGAUAGUGGAUGAAGCAUCUCAGGCCCUGGAAGCGCAAUGCUGGAUCCCUGUCUUGACGAGCGGAGCCUCAAAGCUUGUGCUGGCAGGGGACCAUCUUCAGCUGCCACCAACGAUCAAGUCAUCAAAUAGUAAAGACACAACAAAAGCCCUUGCUAAGGCCAGUCUUACCGAUCAAAAAUCGACGGGCGGCGCUGCCAAGGCCAAGGACGAUGAUGUCCAUCUCGAAACAACACUUUUUGAUCGACUGCUCAAGCUCCAUGGCAACAAGAUUAAGCGAAUGCUCACCACACAAUAUCGCAUGCACGAGAAAAUCAUGCAAUUUCCUUCACAUGCACUUUAUGGGGACAAGCUGAUUGCUGCGGAUGCUGUUAAAUCUCGUCUUCUAAAGGACUUGCCCUAUGGUGUCGCGGGAAACGACAAUACAAUCGAACCGCUAAUCUUUUUCGACACACAAGGAGGAGAUUUCCCAGAGAAGACUGAGGCAGAAGAUACUGUCAAAGGCAAGUCCAGUCUGCUCGCCGAAAGCAAGGUGAAUGAAGCGGAGGCGUUGAUCGUUCGUGAACACAUCAUAAAUCUCGUCAAUUCUGGUGUGAAGGCCGAUGAUAUUGCAGUUGUAACACCAUACAAUGGGCAACUCGCUCUGCUCUCACAGAUGCUCAAGGAACAAGUUCCCGGACUUGAGCUUGGCAGCGUUGAUGGCUUUCAAGGCCGCGAGAAAGAGGCGGUGAUUGUGAGCCUUGUGCGAAGCAAUGCAGAGCACGAAGUCGGCUUUUUAAGUGAGAAACGACGCUUGAAUGUUGCGAUGACACGUCCAAAACGCCAGCUGUGCGUGAUUGGCGACUCUGAGACCAUCAGCUCCGGCAGCAAAUUUCUAAAGUCGUGGAUGGCACACCUUGAAGAGAAUGCGGACCUUCGAUAUCCGAACUUGUCGGACUUCUCUCAAGCCGGCUGA